AUGUCUUAAGAGAGAGAGGAAAUAUUGUAAAAAGAGAUAACAUCUGUUUAAGAUGAAAAUGAUAUAAUAUCUCUUGACUAAAUAAAAGAUAAAUAAUAUGUUUAAAGAAAAAAAUAUUAAUCAAGAAAUUUACAAAUAAAAAAUUAGAUAUAAAGAAAGAAAGAAACAAUAAACAAACUACCUUCAUUUAGACUAAGAAGAAUAUAAGGAGAGAUAUCUCACUACGAAUAAAAUUAAAUAUAAGGAGUUAAACUCAAUUAUAAUUAUUAAAAUCCUGUAGCAAUAUACUUAACUAUUUAAGGACCUAAAGGUACUCCUUACUAUGGAGCAUGGUUUAAUUAUGAAAUGACUUUUCCAGAUAAUUACCCUUUCGAACCUCCUAUAAUAACUUCUCUUCAAACUGUCUAUCAUUAUUCAGAAUAUAAUUGUUUACUAAAAGGGGGAUGCUUUGGUCAUGCCCCUAGGCAUUUAGAGUAUAAAAGCGGCUGGUUACCUUCUUACAAUUUUGAUAGAUAGAUAAAAAAAGUAAUUGAUUACUUUUAUAUUGAACACUUUACAGAUAUGUGGGUUGAUACAGUGACUUAUUAGAUCUACUUAAAAGACAAAGAAUAAUUUAACAAAAAUGUUAAAAGCACAAUUGCUACAGAAAAAGCAAAAGAAUAAGUUAAACAAUACUUAGUCUUCCAAAAGUGUAUAAAAUAAUUUUUACCCAUAAAUUCAGAUAGUGUAUUCAUUGACUUAUUUUUUUGA